AGACAAAAAUCCCGCCGCUCGGCGCUCGCCCUGCAACCGCAAACCACAUCCCCGCACGCUUCCCAACCAACCCAAACAGAUAGCAUUCCGUCGAACACCUCGCCUCGCCUCCAAUGGCCGCCGCUGCCACCGCAUCCCUCCUCACCGUCUCCCCCGCGGCCUGCAAGCGGUUCGUCCUCUCCUCCCCGUCCCUCUCAUUCUCCUCCCACCGCCCCGCCGCCCCCGCCGGGCCCGGGCUCCGCCUCCGCGCCGCCGCCUCGAGGGCGGCGAGGAGGCGGCGGGCGUCCCGCGUCGCGGCGACCAUCGCGGUGGGCGACAAGCUCCCUGACGCGACGCUGUCCUACUUCGACCCGGCCGACGGGGAGCUGAGGACGGUCACGGUGGGGGAGCUGACGGCGGGGAAGAAGGCCGUCCUCUUCGCGGUGCCCGGCGCGUUCACGCCGACGUGCUCGCAGAAGCACCUCCCGGGGUUCGUGGAGAAGGCGGCGGAGCUGCGGGCCAAGGGGGUGGACACGCUGGCGUGCGUGUCGGUGAACGACGCGUUCGUGAUGAAGGCGUGGGGGGAGGCGCUGGGGGUGGCGGGCCCCGACGCCGUGCUGAUGCUGUCGGACGGCAACCUGGAGCUGACGCGCGCGCUGGGCGUGGAGAUGGACCUCUCCGACAAGCCGGUCGGGCUGGGGGUGCGGUCGCGGAGGUACGCGCUGCUGGCGGAGGACGGCGUGGUGAAGGUGCUCAACCUCGAGGACGGCGGAGCGUUCACCAGCAGCAGCGCCGAGGACAUGCUCCAGGCGCUCGGGCUGAGGGAGAUGCACUGAAGUGUAAGGUCUCUAGCGUGAAGAGGGCAAGUGAUGGAUCCAAGUGUAGUGCUAAUAGAUUAGUGUGGUUCUGUAAUGUAUAAUCCAUUUUAAUCUUUUCAGAAACUCACCGAUGUCAUCAUCCGAUCCUGGAGCAUAUUUGGAUUUUGAUGUAGUGUUGAAAAAUCUGGAGCAUAUAGUUGUUAUAGGCUUUUUAUACAUGUAUGGUGUUGCAAAAUCUGGAUCAUAAGCUUGUUAUACUUGGAGCUUAGGCUUGCUAGCAUGAGCGCCUGAGCGGUCUUCACUGCUAGCUUGCUAGCGUGGGUGGUCGCGGCGGCAACUGGCGGCGCUAUGCAGGCCGCCGCAAAGCCUGCAAACACUUGCGGCGUGAUGUGGGCUGCCGCAAUUGCCCGCGUGACAGCUUGCGGCACGUGCGGAUGUGGGGCGGGCAGCCCACAUCCGGCCCACUUGCAUCUUGAUCCAAUUCCAUGGAGCACAGCGCCAUCCAUGCAUCAGGCUGGCAUGGCGGACACUGCUCAGUGAUGCUCGUUGCGUCUCCGCCACAAGAAGCUGAUCAAGGUCUAGCUCUUCUUACACAUUACUGAUCUAUGAAUUAAAUCCACCUGUCUUGAUUCGCGGACACAUGAAAAAGUGUUACCUUUUCUUUGUUGAUCUUAUCUUGUUGACACAUUUGAUUUGACUUCUCUAAAUCUGCAAUCUUCGAUGCCUUUUAUUUGAUCUUACGAAAAGGAUUCAGAGAAACAGAGCAAAGAUUUAGAUGACUGAAAAUUUUCGGCCUCAAAAUCGACAUGUUCCGGAGCUCCAUGUUAUGGAUGGGACGGUAUACCAGAUUCGCCAUAAGCGCUCACGCGGCUGAUUAGUAUAAAUUUUCAGUUUGUUAACUCUGGGAAGGAAACAUUGUUAGCCUAAGAUUUGGGUUGUCAGCAGAUUUAUUAGCGGCCAUAUAUAUAUGGCCAGGACUCUAUGAGAUAUUCUUAAGCAAGGUAACAUAUUGUUACCCCUUGCACACCCAAUUAGAUUGGCAGUAACCAUUUGUCCUUUGUUUUGAGUGUGUGAUUAACUGCAGGGCAAAUAGAUUGAUCAAGAAUCUAUCCUCCCGUGUUGCCAUUCCUUACUACAUUGCAUGAAUGAAACGAGUCUAACGGAAAUUGCAGCAGGUGCCAACCUCUUUGAAUCUCCUAGGUUUCCAUAAAUAAGAAUUUGCAAUCCUCUUUUAUGAAGUUGAAAUUGUCCUUUGAAUAUUAUUUAGCUUUUAUUAUGGCUAGAUUUCCUCUCUCACUCGGAUAUCUAUUGACAAGACAUGCAUUUUUUUUUGUUACUUUCUGUCUUUCUGAAGUUGGCGUGAUCUGAAUUAUGCUUCCUUGCAUUGUCCUUGCCGCCACCAGCGCUAACCACAUAAGAGGGGACAUAAUUCAUCCAGACAAUUCAAUAUUUUGAUCUGUUGUGAAUGGUGAACCAAUGUUUUUACAUUGACUGCCGUUUAAUGAGUGUCCAGGCAGUUAAGGGAUGACACAUGAAAUCUAUGUGGGGGCUUAUUGCCUUCUUAUUUGUUGUUUUUCACCUUAGUGUUCUAAUAUGGUGACCUUCCUAAUUAUAGGACAAUGUACUUCUUUUAUUUGCCCAUUUCAAUGUUCAGUCAGUGAUGUGAAGAUAAGUGCUAGGGCAGAGUUUAAAUAUCUAAAUAGUUGCAUUAACAAACCGUCUGACUAAGUUCAUUUUGGAUCUACCUUAGUGGGAGCUACUAAAAUUAGAUGCGUACCAUAAUUGUCAUUUUGGCUUUAUUACUGUUGUACAUUGACAGCUAAAAUUGUCAUCUCUUUCGCAUGGUGGACUUCGGACUUUGCGCAAGAUAGUUGCAAUCAGAAUUCAAUAUGGAGCCCAAACUGAUGAAAUGGGAGUAUCAGCAUUCAGCCAUGAAUAUUAACUAGCACAAGAUAAAAGGGACAUCCCUUGGUUUGGAACCAAGUAACACGGUGGCAAUAAGUUGGAUGAAGAAGCACAACCAACUGACCAGUUGGAAAUUGCGUGCACUAUCGCUCCACUGCAUCAGGGUGAAAAUUAGACUGCUGGUUUGCAUUGUCUUAAGACAGCGUAGUACACAAGAUGUGGAAUUGUCGGUGCUGCGACAGUAGUAAUAGGCAAGCUUUGCAGUAACCAAGAUCUACAGUUAUGUGCAGAGCUAGGCUUGGUCGGACUAACCUGCAACCUGGUUUCACAAACUUACUCAUAUUUGCUUAAAUCAUGUAACUGUGCUGCCGUGCGCUUAGAAAGUUUGAUGCGAAGUUCUAGAGC